AUGUCUGACGCUAUAUCAUCAUUUCUCCGGAGGGUAAUUGUCGAAUCUCCGCCUGGAGAAUGGGCUAUGCGCCAGCUUCGCGAGCUGCUCAUUGGCGCCCUCAAGCAAGGCCCUAUUCCUCAACAUGUUUCUUUUGAGAUGGAUGGCAACCGACGAUAUGCUCGAAAUCAUAGAAUGGAGACCGUAGAGGGUCAUCACCGAGGAUUCGAGGCGCUGGCUAGGAUCAUGGAAAUUUGCUACAAGUCCGGAGUCAAGGUCGUGACUGUAUACGCCUUCAGUAUUGAGAACUUCAACCGACCAAAAUAUGAAGUGGAGGGUCUGAUGGAGCUGGCCAAGAUCAAGCUGGAGCAGCUAACAAAAUAUGGCCAUAUCCUCGACCGUUACGGUGCCCGUGUGCGCGUCUUGGGCCAGCGCGACAUGAUCCGACCCGACGUUCUUGAAGUGGUCGACAAGGCUGUCGCGAGAACUAAGCACAACAACAAGGCCGUUCUGAACAUUUGCUUCCCAUACACCUCCCGAGCCGAGAUCACAUCCGCAGUGAAAUCAACAGUGCAAGAGUUCCUCGCUCCCACACCUCCUCGAAGCACGCCCUUCUCCCCAUCUCGAAUUCGACAGAAGAUCCUUUCGCGCCAGCUGGACGGUCGCGAGGGACUGCCUACAAUCCCGGAUGUCCUUCCCGAAGAGGUCGAACCAUUAGAUGGAGAUGAUGCCAAGAAAGACAGCGAUGGAGAUUCCUCAUCGCCCACACUGCAACCCGACUCCCCUCCUCGCCUUCGCGCAAGGAACAGCGCUGCCAGCCUUUCGGGCUUACCGAACCCCGAAACAAUCACAGCCGAGACCCUGGACAAGCAUAUGUACACUGCAAACGACCCGCCCCUAGAUAUCUUUGUACGAACCAGCGGAGUGGAGCGCCUUAGCGACUUCAUGCUUUGGCAAUGCCAUCAGGAUACACAGAUCUUCUUCAUCGAUACUUUGUGGCCUGACUUCGACCUCAAGGACUUCAUCUGGAUUCUGCUCGAGUGGCAAUGGAGACAAAAGCAGAAGGAUCGCGACGAGGCAGUGGUUCGGCCUUCUUCUGUUACAGCGUGA